ACACAUUCUGUGGUGCCUGUGGGGGAACAUGAAAUGUCUCUGUAGGACCACCACCGUUCAAAGCUCCUACAAGUCUUUGCAAGCUGGCAAUACAUUUCCCCCGUGUGGAAAGUUUCUCUACAGUGUAGCCUCCUAACAGCCCAUGUGGAAGAAUGAAAGGAGAGAAGCUGUUAAUACCAAUGGUACUAAUGUCUGUGAUGAUGAGUUUUGUACCAAUACAGACAUCUUAUGGACAGCACUUGGCAGAGGAGACCUGCACUGUCCAGAUCCUUGUCCCUGGACUUAAAGGAGAACCAGGAGAGAAAGGACAAAAGGGAGCACCGGGGAGACCGGGAAGAGUCGGCCCUCCUGGAGAGAUUGGCCAAGCUGGGCUUAAAGGAGAGAAAGGAAUUAUGGGUCGCUAUGGAAAAGUGGGCCCAAGUGGAAUGAAAGGGGUAAAAGGAGACACCGGGGAUCCAGGUCCAAGGGGCCCUAAUGGAGAGCCAGGAGUUCCGUGUGAGUGCACACCAAUGAGGAAGAUGAUCGGAGAAAUGGACAUUCUCGUGGCCCAGCUAUCCUCUGAACUGAAAUUCAUUAAAAAUGCACUGCCCUCCCCUGCAGCUGUUGCUGGCAUAAAAGAGACAGACAGUAAAGUCUAUCUGUUGGUGAAGGAGGAGAAACGCUACUCCGACGCCGAGCUCUACUGCCAGACGAGGGGAGGGCACCUGGUCAUGCCCAAGGAUGAGGGAGCCAAUGCAGCCAUCGCGGGCUACAUCACUGAGGCGGGCCUGAGCAGAGUCUACAUUGGCAUUCACGACCUGGACCGAGAGGGCGUUUUCACCUAUGUGGAUCGCUCUCCCAUGACUACGUUCAGCAAAUGGAGGAAAGGAGAGCCCAACAACGCCUAUGAUGACGAGGACUGUGCUGAGAUGGUGGCCUCUGGAGAGUGGACUGAUGUGGCGUGCCACCCAACCAUGUACUUUAUCUGUGAAUUUGACAAAGACAGUGUCUGAGUGCAGUCCUUACUGAAGAGCUGUGACAAAAAAAACUGAUAAAUAUAAAUGAGCUACACAUUAGUUGUAUUCACAGUGUUUGUGCUUUACCUUCUAUCUGUAAAUAUGAUGACAAAAUGACAUGUAAGUUGUGCAAACUCAUAUAUUUCCUUUCUUUUUUCCCUUAUAGCCUGAUAUUUAUUUUCUUAUCUCACAAACAACCUGAUUUUUUGUUCUUUUUGUAAAAUUUUUAGUUAUUGUACGUACACCUUUAACCUCAUACUCUGUGAUUCACUAGAGCUCCCAACAGCCUGCCUGGUAACACACUGACUUUUUAUGUUAUGCAAAGUAUCCACUGAGCAAUAUUUGCUCCAGUGCCGUCAACAAACAAGGCAAAUAAGCAAGUGCAGAGGGCUGCAGAUUUUGUAGAAAAAAUGAAAUUAAAAGAAAGAUUUUGUAGUUCCAGUUGGGUGCUUUUAAUCAAAGAAACUGAACACACUGUGCAUUCUAUAUUCAUAUUCACAUAAUAGGUUAUGUGGCGGUUGUUGCACAAUAAACAUUCACUAAUAAUUUUUAAAAAAGAGA